UCCUCUUAUUGCCGCCGCACGCAACCCCUAUAAAUUUAAAACCCUUAACUAGGUUCCUAUACUUCGUCCCCGCGCUCUAUUGUUCUAAAACCCUAGUGGAAACUAUCCUUCGGCGCUCGCUCUAUCGGUCACUGAAAUGAGACCUCCUCGAGGCCGCGGUGGUGGUGGUGGGUUUAGAGGAAGGGGUGAUGGAGGAAGGGGUGGUAGAGGCAGAGGUGGCGGUGGAGGUAGAGGCUUCGGUGGAGGCAGAGGUAUGGCAAGCCGCGGUGGCGGUCGUGGAGGUGGAAGAGGUCGCGGUGGAGGAAGAGGAGGUGGUAUGAAGGGGGGAAGCAAAGUUGUCGUUGAACCCCAUAGACACGAAGGUAUUUUCAUUGCAAAGGGUAAAGAAGAUGCUCUUGUCACUAAGAACAUGGUCUCUGGUGAAUCCGUGUACAAUGAGAAGAGAAUAUCCGUACAGAACGAAGAUGGAACAAAAAUUGAAUACAGAGUUUGGAACCCAUUCAGGUCUAAGUUGGCUGCUGCCGUUCUUGGUGGUGUUGAUGACAUAUGGAUUAAACCUGGUGCGCGAGUGCUGUAUCUUGGUGCUGCUUCAGGGACUACUGUAUCUCAUGUCUCAGAUGUCGUUGGACCUUCUGGUAUAGUGUAUGCCGUUGAAUUCUCCCACAGAAGUGGUAGAGAUUUAGUCAACAUGGCUAAGAAGCGUACAAAUGUUAUUCCCAUCAUUGAAGAUGCCAGACAUCCAGCCAAGUACCGAAUGUUGGUUGGUAUGGUGGAUGUUAUCUUUUCGGAUGUUGCUCAGCCAGACCAGGCAAGAAUUUUGGCCCUUAAUGCAUCCUAUUUUCUCAAAGCCGGUGGCCAUUUUGUCAUAUCAAUCAAGGCCAACUGUAUCGACUCAACCGUUCCAGCAGAGGCAGUGUUUGCAAGUGAAGUGAACAAGCUAAAGGCAGACCAGUUCAAACCCACAGAGCAAGUGACUCUUGAACCAUUCGAGCGAGACCAUGCUUGUGUUGUUGGUAUCUAUCGAGCUCCAAAGAAGCAGAAGCCUGCUGCGUAGACAGUGAAGCGAACAACCAGGGUUUUGUGUCCUUAUGGAUGAUUUAUAGAUAGCUCAUAGCUGUAGUUUAUCCAUGUUUCUUAUUUGAUGAUGAUGUCAUGUUUCUUAUUUGAUGGUGAUUAUUUAAGGACUGAAUUUGCUA